UCCCCACUACCAUUUUUCCAGCAUCUGAGGCAAAUACUUAAAAAAAAAAAAAUCACCCAUUGGACUUGAAAGAAUUUGCUGGAAAAUAAGUGGAAAGACAGAGGUGGAAAUCAACUGCCAGAGCUCAGAAAGUGUCUCAAGUCCGUCGGAGGAAAAAAAGGAUUUAUCUCUGGCUUUCGGCUCUCAAAGUGUCAUGGCUGCCGUUCUCCACAAGCUCACAGCACGCGUCCCCUGCGUGUGGAUCUUCCUCAUGCUUUUCGACCCCAGCUCACAAACCGGGGUUGUAACCGGGCACAGAGAACCAAUUCCCGAUGACAGCAAAGACAACAUCACCAUCUUUACCCGGAUAUUGGACCGCUUGCUGGAUGGUUAUGAUAACAGAUUGCGUCCUGGACUAGGAGAAAGUGUGACUGAAGUGAGGACAAACAUCUAUGUGACAAGCUUCGGACCAGUAUCAGACACCGAUAUGGAGUACACGAUUGAUGUGUUCUUCCGGCAAAGUUGGCGGGAUGAGAGGCUGAAGUUUGAUGGGCCUAUGCAGGUCCUUCCACUUAACAACUUGCUCGCCAGCAAGAUCUGGACUCCUGAUACCUUCUUCCACAAUGGGAAGAAGUCAGUAGCCCACAAUAUGACUACACCUAAUAAACUUCUGCGACUGGUAGACAAUGGAACUCUUCUCUACACAAUGAGGUACAUCAGGAUUCGGCUGAUCUAA